AUGGCCGAAGAGCAAUUAGAUUAUGGAGAUGAAGAAUUUGGAGGGUCUCAAAAGAUGCAGUAUCAUGGAGAUGGAGCAAUUCCUGCACUUGCAGAUGAUGAAAUCGGAGGUGAAGAUGAUGAAUAUGAUGAUCUUUACAAUGAUGUUAAUGUUGGAGAAGGUUUUUUACAAAUGCAAAGAUCCGAAGCACUACCAUCUACAAACAUAGGAAAUGGAGGCUUCCAUGAUCAAAAAGUUAAUGUUCAAGAACCUCGAUCUGAAGCCAUGGUGUCUCAAGAUCUAAACACAAACACAAACACAAACUCAAACACAAACAUAAACAUGAACAUACCUGGUGUUGCAAAUGAAAGCGUGUAUCCAAAAGAAGGUAUGACUGUUGAUCUUUUACAAAAAAGAAUGGCCCCACUUCCUCAAGUGAGUAAUGAUGUCCAGAUGGGUUUUCGUGGGCCCCAAAAGAUCCCUGUGGAUCCUGUUAACAUCACAAAUGAACCUCCUCCACCUAUGGUAAAUUCCAAUCCAGGUCAUCAGAUGAACGUGACACGACCUGUCAUCACCGAUAAUCAAGCCCGUCCACCUGGCGAAACCGGUGCUACCACCCUGUUUGUUGGUGAGCUACACUGGUGGACGACAGAUGCUGAGCUGGAAAACGUGUUGUCACAAUAUGGAAGAGUGAAGGAGAUAAAGUUUUUUGAUGAACGCGCGAGUGGGAAAUCAAAAGGGUAUUGUCAGGUUGAGUUUCAUGAGUCGUCAUCUGCUGCAGCUUGUAAAGAAGGAAUGAAUGGUUAUCUUUUCAAUGGAAGACCUUGUGUGGUGGCGUUCGCGUCCCCACAAACUAUUAGACAAAUGGGCGCUGCUUACGCGAAUAAAAAUCAAGGACCGGUUCAAUCUCAAGAAGCAGGGAGGAGACCGAUGAAUGAUGGAGGAGGACGCGGCGCUGGUGCUGGUGGCGGCGGCGGCGCUGGUGGUGGUGGAGCGAACUUUUCCGGUGGAGAUUCCGGGAGGAAUUUUGGAAGAGGAAACUGGGGGCGAGGAGGGCAGGGGGUGGGGAGGGGUGUUGGGAAUAUGAGGGGUAGAGGGGGGAUGGGGCCGAAGAAUGUGAACGCGGGUCCUGGUUUUGGGUAUGCAGGUCCCGGUUUCGCGGGUCCUCCGGGUGGGUUCAUGCAUCCGCAAGGUAUGAUGGGGGGCGGGUUUGACCCGGCUUAUAUGGGUCGUGGCGGCGGGUACGGCGGGUUUCCGGGCGGUGGUUUCCCAGGGAUGAUGCCGAAUUUUCCCGGGAUGGGGAUUGCUGGGGUGGCACCGCAUGUGAACCCUGCUUUUUUCGGGCGGGGGAUGGGGGGAAUGAUGGGUGGUGGUGGUGGGGGGAUGGAGGGCCCACAAGGGGGGAUGUGGGGGGACACCGGGAUGGGUGGUCAAUGGGGAGGAGGAGGAGGAGAAGAGCAUGGUCAAAGGACUAGAGAGUCAAGCUAUGGAGGUGAAGAUGGCGGGUCGGAAUACGGGUAUACGGAUACGGGUCAUGAGAAAGGGGCGCAACGGUCAAAUCCCGGGAGAGAAAAGGAGAGAGGUUCUGAACGUGAGCGUGAACGUGAAUGGUCUGGGAGUUCUGAAAAAAGGCAUCGUGAGGAGAGAGAUUAUGAAAAAGAUUAUAAAUAUAAAGAGGAAAAAGAUACUACUAAUAAUAAUAAUAAUAGUUAUAGGGAACAUCAUCAUCGACAGAAGGAGCGUGAAGAUGAUUGGGAUCGCGGGCAGUCUUCCACCCGGUCAAGGAGCCGAUCUCGGGCAGCCCCAGAAGAGGAUCAUCAUCGGUCCCGGUCAAGGGAUGCGGAUUACGGGAAGCGCAGACGUAUGCGGACAGAUUGA